UAGAUAAAGUCCAGGCAUUUAGAGGGUUAACAUCACUUGUAAUUCCAAGCAGCUGUUACAUUUUCCUGCUUGUUUUCCUCAAGUGUAGCUAAUAGGCAAUUAAAUUGAAUGACCCUAAACCUGACCCACUGGCGGCUGAACAAAUUAGCCCACGACAUUGGCGCAGGCAUUCCGGAGGCAUGAACUUGUAAUUGAAUUAGCCAGACGUUAGGGAUGCCCGGAGCACCUCCGAUGUUCCAAUGGGUGCCCAAUCGAUUGGACAGACUGCCAGCGGAGGAUAUAAGUACAGGAGGCGAUUCGAUCACGGACACUGUGCACCGGCGGAAGGCGAUCGAGAUGAAGCACCUACUGACCGCACUCGUGGCCCUGCUGAGCAUCCUGCCGCGGGGCGAGGUCCUGGGAUCAGGACCUCCGUGCCCGCGUCGCUAUCUGCGCAGGAUCAACGGCAAGUGCUACUACUUUUCGGUGAAGAAGAUGAAUUGGUUCGGGGCAUUGAAUAACUGCCUGCGCAAAGGACUAACCCUGGCGGAUUUGAGCAACCAAAAGGACUUCGACGGAGCCAUUGGGUUCCUGAGUGGAUUGGGCAACACGGAGGACUUCUGGUUCGGGGGCAACGACCUCUACCACGAGGGCCGCUUCCAGUACAUUAGCAAUGGACGACUGGUGCGCUACUACAGCAACUUCAGCAACGUGCUGCCCAUGGAGCACUCCGAGUGCGACGACUGCCUGGAGGUGCGGGUCCGCUCCCAGGUGAACAUGGUGUCGGCGGACAACUGUCAGGAGCGGCAGUACUUCAUCUGCUCGGAGCGCUACUGCGAGUCGGCGGACGAGGGCAAGAAGCCGAAGCACCACAGCCACGAGCACCUGCAUCACUUCCACCACGACGUCGGCGAGAGUGGCGAUGGCGAGGUGGAAGAGGAGGAGCUGGACCGCCAGGAGCCCAUCGCCAGUGGAUCGGCGGAGAACGAGCAGCCGGACUCGGAGGAGGCGGCUGGAGCGGUGGACGUGCCGGACUUCGAUCACAACAAUGAAACGGACACCAUGGGAGUCUCGGAGAGUCCGCCACCAGACGGAGUAACGACCGCUGGCGGAGAAGGUGAACCGGGAGCAGCUGCAGGUCCCGGAGGAGCAGAGGCCCCAGCCGCAGCAGCAGCCGUAGGAGGAGAGGGAGAGGGAGCACCACCUCCCGCCGAAGGAGGAGCUCCACCCGCCGAAGGAGGAUCACCUCCCGAAGGAGGAGCUCCACCCGAAGGAGGAGCUGCUCCCGCGGAAGGUGGUGCCCCCGAUGCAGCAGCUCCAGCCGCCGAAGGAGCCGCCACUCCGGAAGCAGCGGCUGCAGUUCCUGCCGCCGAAGGAGCCGCCCCCGCCGCUGGAGGAGAAGCCCCCCCAGCAGCUCCUGCCGCCGAAGCUGCGGCACCAGCCUGAGUUGUAGAAUAUUGCCCAAAUGAUUCCUGCUUUUUCUUUCGAUCACAAAUAAACGACUGCAAACAAUAA